UCUUUUGCGAUGAUGACAGAAGGAGUGUUUUGAAGUGAAAAGUAUCGUGGUUUUUCCUGGUGAUCCUGGGCGGGAAGUAAUGGCCAGUCUGUUGGAUGAUGGGGAUGGGGAGAUCCUGGAGGGAUUUCUCUGUCCCAUUUGCAAGGACGAUCUGAAAACACCGGAGAGAUUGACGAAUCACGUGGAGCAGAAGCACUCAGAAGAGCAGGAUAUUCUCAAGUCUCUGAAGGAGAUUUUCGGGAUCGCCCGCAAGAAAAUCCUGAAUCUGGAUGAGUCCGCGGACUUGGCGAAGUCUGUGGAAGUGAGUAUGAGCUUGAAGCCCAACAUAUUUUCGGUGGGUAAGCCCAGAGAAAUACUGGAGGAGAGUAGCCAAGAAGUGGGAGUGGAUUGUGAGCAUACGGUGUACUUCAAGGCUGUGCGUAAUCCCCGGCUGGAGCGCUAUGCCACGGAAACGAACAAGCUUAUCAUCCGACUGCACAAGCUGCUGACCGACAGGCCACGAGAUCCCAUUCAGAGAAAGAUGCACGAACAGGAGCGCGUGCCUUGGCUGGACGGGAAAGCGGUGAAACUCUGCCCCAACUGUGCUAGGAGCUUCCAUCUGACUCGUCGGCAGCAUCACUGUCGCCUCUGUGGGAGCAUAAUGUGUCACGACUGUUCUCGGUUUCUGGACGUGGCGUCUGCGGAGUGCCUACUCAAUCCCUCAGGCGAUUCCACGCCCACAGACAUUGAAGCCAAGUCCGCUGACUCGGCGGAUCUCACAACGCUGCGCAUCUGCGAACACUGCCUUCACUUGCUGGAGAAUCGCAAGGAGAUGCAGGAUCGCACGACAUUCCGUCCAACUGUGACGCGUCUUUACGAUCGCGUGCAGGAACUGAAGCGGGACAUCAGUCCUGACAUUCCCAUGUACCGCAAGAUUGUGACCAGCCUAUAUGAGGGAGAUUCUAUCUUCACUUUGGCGGACGCGAGUGCUCUUCGCAGUAAGAUUGGUCGUGUGGCUGAACAAGUGGACAACGUGAGCAAGGGUAUUAUGGCCCUUCCCACGCCUCAGGGCAGUCGUGCUGAGGCCCUGAAGAAGGCCCUGCGUCUGGCCUGUGUGAGCUACAUAAAGGAAGAGAUGCUUUCUCUACCCCAACUGCCUUUGGAGGAGGAAAUCGAGCGCCUCCAGCGCAAGAGGCGCGAAGAAGCGGAAAUGCGCAUCGAGAGAGAAAGACGUCUUGCAGCUGAAGCCUUUGAGCGCUAUGAACAAUCCAACACCCUAUCAAGCGGUGUGGCCCCGAAUGCCACGAGAGCCGCCACUGGGUCCGCGGUCACCAGAAUGGACAACUGGAGUGGCUACAGAGCCGACACGAGUGGCCCCAAUGCAGAUCCCCUCGUGGAACAGAUCAACAUCAUCAAGGGAUACAUCAAGCAGGCGAGGGAAGCACUGAGAUUUGAGGAAGUCGCCACUCUGGAGAUGAACCUGCGAGAGUUGCAGCAGGAGUUCUACAACAGGCAGCAGAACGUGUGAUCAGGCGCAGCA